AUCUUUUUACGGUUUAAUAAAUGUGGUCAAGUACAAUAUCGUUCAUGUGCAGGAUGAAACGCCUUUACAGCCUCGCUGUUUGUAUGCAUUCACUCAAUGUGGGGGUGUGAGUCGCCAACUCUCAUUUUUGGGCGACGGUCCUGUUGGGUCCAAUCGGGUGCGAGCUCGUCACACGGUGUGCCGAAGGCAUCGUUUGGACACAUGAGAUAAACAUGCCUUCACGUUAGCAUCGUCAGCGGUGACGGAGACGUGCACGCACAAUGACCAGCUGUCGCUUGAUUUUCUUUUUCUUAGUUUUUAAAAAAAAAAAGUUUUUUUGCCUUAUGUUGAAAGACAAGAUUUGAGUUAGGAGCGAGCAUCAGAUAAGCUGCCGACACGACUAACCCUUUCCGACUCGAUUCCAGCUCCCUUUAUAGGCACACAUCUGACAACAAAUACUAACAUGCUUACACUUGAAUUACAAUUACACACGAUGAAAUAAAUUGAUUUCUUUACAUUCUCUUUUACAUUUUAUGCUUUUUUUUUUUGUUUGUUUAAGGCUGUUUUUCUUUUGGAUGAUUGCCAUACAAACUUGGUCAUGGAAUGAGUCAAGGUACCACUACAUACACACGUAUGUUCGAGACACACACGCACGCACACACAAACACACUCACAGAUGAUUUGGUGUGAUGUAAAGUGCAGUGAUAGAAAUAGAUUUUAAGUGCUCAACGCUCCAAAGAGUCACCACUGUCACCAUGGGGACCACAAGCUGCUCAGAAACCAUGUGACCUUCAGAACACCUCUGUCCUAUUUAACACACACACACUGAGUCAAACCCCUCCCACUGCUGGCAUCCCAUCAUGGCGAGAUCUGAAAGUGGUCUGUGGUGAGCGGCUCAAGAAGAAGAAGAAGAAGGUCGCAGGUUGGAGGUGUGAAGGACAACUUUGGUGGCGGUGGCGGCGGCGGCGGCGGCGGCGGCCAUGUUCUGGAAGCACGCCACCUGGUCCUGGUCCUGGCCCAACGACCGCGACGACUUUGACGAUCGCGACGGUAACUGCGACGAUUGCGAUGACGCUUAUUUGCUCGCCGCAGAACUCCGCACCGCCGGCGCCUCCGACUCUGCCGCUGCUCUUCCGGACCCGAAGCGCUUCGAUGACUCAGCGGUCAGAAGCGCCCGACCGUCCGGACCCGCAACUACCGGAACUGCCAGGCGAGACACUUACCGGGACGCCGGCCGAAUGCCCAGAACUCAACUGACGGUUAGCGUCAUCCGGGGAGAAGACGGCUUCGGAUUCACCAUCUGCUGCGACAGUCCGGUGCGAGUUCAGUCCGUCGAGGCUGGCGGUCCCGCUCACCGGUCGGGCCUCCGUCCAGGUGAUGCCGUUUUGCAGCUCAACGGACUUCCUGUGGAGAUCUGGAAGUGCGGAGAGCUGGCUCAUGCCAUCAGGAGUUGUCCCAGUCGUAUCGUCCUCGUGGUGUGGAGAGGCUCACCUGAGGUCAGGACGUGCUGUGAUACUUUGCUCCGCCCACCAGCAGCCAACAAGACCACCAAGCUGCUGCACCAGCCCGCCCACGGCAAACAUGGCCACCACAGACGUGAUCGGGGGUCCGUGGUGUCGUCCAGCUUGGAGGUUCUUGGGUCUCUGUGGAGGGAUCACAAGAAAGAAGAAAAAGAAAGAGGAGGAGAAGAAGAAGCACCUUGCACCUCCACGCUGAAGGGCACCCGUGUGACAUCAUCAAAUGGCGACAACUACAUCAUCCUAUCUAAUGUAGCGCCACAGGAGCAGCUCAUCCAUCCUGUCUUUGACGACAGAAGCAGGACUAUCGGACGUCUGUAUCAGACUCCCCCCAGAAGAAGUCUGAACCUACUUGGUGAGACCCAAGUUGGGUCGUCACGACAACCGCUCACCCACGGUCCGCUCGGCUUGGUUCCUCCCGUAUCCUCCUCCGCCUCCUCCUCUACGCCGUACAACUACGGCACCUACCGCAACUACCAGAACUACCAGAACUGCACCAUCAUCCAAUCGCAUCCGCCCUCCUGCGGCAUCGACAAAGCGCCCAAAACACUCAUCUUCCCCAUCUUUGUUGAGCCCGUGGACCUGUGCGGCCCCGAUCGAACGCUGCUCAUGUCGGAAGAAAUGCUUCUCCACCAGGCCCGGCAGCUGCCCCGCAAGGUGACCGUGUUGAUCUACAACGACGUUCUACUCGUGAGCCAAGAAGACCAAGCCGGACGCUGUCAGGUCCUCAAGAGUCCGCUCUACAUCGACACGCUGCGACUCCAAGAAGUGGCGUCUGCGCCGCGUCACAUCUUCUUCCUGCAGAAUUCCGUGAGUUGCUGGCAAUGUCUGUUCAGUUUGGAGGCCUUCAGCCUGGAGCAGAAGGUUCGAGUCAGCCUCUGUCUCCAUGACAACAUCCAACAACAGCUGGUUGCCAUGGAGAACAUCCACACCCAGCAGUUGUCAGCCUCCCCAUCCGAGUUGGGGCUCUUCCCCUCUCACCCCUCACAUCUGUUGUUCCCCCGUGACCCCCCCUCCCAGCUGACGGCCUCCCCCCGUCCUUCCCCCGCUACAAGUGUGAACACCUCGGCCCGGCUCCGGUCCCCUCCCCCAAGUCCCCCCCCGGCCCUCAGCCCCGUGUGGAAGGAGAGAGCGGAGGAGAAAGAGGAGGACGAGAGAAGACGCCACCAAGAGGAUUUAAGCUCCGCCUCCGGACCAGCAGGCCUCAGACGCUGCGUUUCCGAGGGUUCGGUGCGGGCAGAACCAGAAUUGGCACGAUCGCUCUCCGACAGCGGCGUCCACCGCCUGACUCUUGGCCUCCGUAGCCGCCCCCCCUCCACGCAGAUCCUCAGGAAACACCUGACAUCAGAGGGGGUCACCAUGAAGCGCACGCUCACGCUGCUCCAGGGGGCCGAGGAUGUUGAAAAUGGAGAUGACCUCAGGAAGAAAACUCAGAGUUUCGCUUCAGACUUGCGCAAUCGUCUUCCGUUCCUGUGCCGUCGCAAGCGUUCGGUCCAAAGUGACAGUUUGGAGAGAGCCCUGAGGAACGCCAGGCCGUCUGCAAGGGAGGUGCUGAUGUGGGCCGAGAGUCUUGAGGCUCUCUUGGCCAAUCAGUACGGUCUUGCGGUAUUCCGCCACUUCCUGAGGUCGGAGUACAGCGAGGAGAAUCUGGACUUCUGGUUGGCUGUGGAGAAAUUCAAGGAGACACGCCCCCUCAGCAAGAUGGCAGACAGAGCUGCCAAAAUCUACGAGGAGUUCAUCUCGUGCAGCGCGUCCAGACAGGUCAACGUGAACUCCAGUGUCCGGGAGUCGACCAAUCGUAGUCUGCGUCUGGGUUUUGACCCCGCCUCCUUCCAGCUGGCGCAGGAUCAGAUCUUCAGCCUGAUGGAGGCCAACAGCUACCCGCGAUUCCUCAGGUCCCACCUCUACGCCCAGCUCGCCAAUCAGAAUGUUGGCCCUGCCUAUCAGAGCCUAGCAGUUUCCGCCGCAUCUGCCGGGCAGAACCGGACGAGAGACAUUCUGAUCAUGUGAGGAACUGACCGGUGUUGUCGCAAUCUUGUUGUUGUAUGUUGUUGGCUCCACUUGAUCGUAUUUUAUGAUUUUAUAUCCAUGAACCUCUGACACAAAGAAAUUCUGAUUGGGUGACAAAUUCCUUGUUUUUUUAACAUCCUCGGUCAAUAAAAAGGAUUCUAAUUCUAA